AUGGUUACUAACAGCGAUCCUGAUGAUAUUUUCGGCGGUGACCAUAUUAAAUACCAAGGCUCUCUCACUUCACUUAGUAUUCAUCUCAGCGGCCUCACGGCGUACGACGUCUGUACGCAUCUUCCCGGCAACCACGACUGUUCGCGGUUCGCCUACCUUGUUGCCGAUGUCGUGACUGUGAUCGCAGAGGGGGUUGCACACCGCAAGGACUUGCCCCUUUAUGGAAACGAGAAAGCUAAAGAUGAGCUCAAAAGCCGCCGUCUAUUCCAACGAAACUCUCGAUUCUCAGUCCCUUCCCGGUCGGCGGAUGGUACGCUGAAACGACGCGGGUCUGGUUACGACUUCUUGGUCUCGUACAAAGCGUACAAGUAUGACAUGAGCAUCCAGCCAAACGAGAAUGGCAUCGAGGCAGUUGCAGACGCCAUCGGCAAGGACUGGGCCAGUAGGAUGACCAACCAUAAAGAUUGGGCUAACUACAUUACCGCGGCGCCAUUCGGAUCGCAAUGGAGGAUCAACUUCGAUGUCAUUCCCGAGUCAGGCGACAACUGGAGCGAGAACGCCCAGAGUCAGAAUGUCUGCGGAAAUGCCGAAUACAACUUCUAA